AUGGCCCUCAACGGGACUUGGAAAAUAGACAGAAAUGAGAACUAUGAGAAGUUCAUGGAGGCGAUGGGUGUUAACUUAAUGAAGAGAAAGCUUGGAGCUCAUGACAAUCUGAAGAUCACUAUCCAACAGGAUGGGAACAAGUUUAAUGUGAAAGAAGCAAGCAACUUCCGCACCAUAGAGAUUGAAUUCACCCUGGGAGUCAGUUUUGAGUACAGCCUGGCUGAUGGCACUGAGCUUACUGGCUCUUGGAACAUGGAAGGAAACAAACUUGUGGGCACAUUCACCAGGAAAGACAACGGCAAAGUACUCACAGCACACAGAGAAAUCGUCGGUGAUGAACUCGUUCAGACCUACAUCUAUGAAGGAGUUGAAUCCAAGAGAAUCUUCAAAAGGGCCUAA